UGCAUUAGAAUUGAAAGUCGUAUACGUAUUAGGUUUCGUGUUGGAAUCAGAAUGAAUCUCUGAUAAGUUUCCUUUCUCUUCAAUUGAAGAUUAAUUUUUUCUUUUUAAACACCCAAUAAUUGUCUCUCUGAUGUCGACUUUUUGGGUCGUUCUUUUUCAUAACGACCGAUGGGAUCAAUCAAUCAAUUCUCUUUGAAACCAUAAUUUCGCCAUCUAAUUCUCUUUUUUCGUGUUGGAGAGCUGUAAUCGAAGGUCGACUUUAGCCAUGGCUAAAAGCUCCUUCAAGCUGGAACAUCCAUUGGAGAGGAGACAAGCUGAAGCUGCUCGCAUUAGGGAGAAGUAUCCUGAUAGAAUACCUGUAAUUGUGGAAAAGGCUGGGAGGAGUGACGUUCCUGAUAUUGAUAAGAAGAAAUAUCUUGUGCCAGCUGAUUUGACCGUGGGCCAGUUUGUCUAUGUUGUCCGUAAAAGGAUUAAGCUUAGUGCUGAGAAGGCUAUAUUUGUGUUUGUGAAGAACACUUUACCUCCAACUGCUGCAUUGAUGUCUACAAUCUAUGAGGAGAACAAGGAUGAAGAUGGUUUUCUUUACAUGAGUUACAGUGGGGAGAAUACCUUUGGAUCCCAUCAAGAGGAGUAGAAUUUUUCUGUCUGAAUGAAACAGGAAGAUGUAUAUUCUAAGCUGUCCAUAGUAAUGUUCUAACCAGCUUAUAUAUCAUGCUCAUCUUAUUUUGGAUUUAUGCUAUUAAGGUACUGGAGGAAUUUUGAGUUGGAACUGAAUGGAUUCAUAUGAAUUCUAGUGA